UUCGAAGAUGGCCGCGCCCGGAGAGGUUAAUGUCGUGAGAGGAUAGGUACAUCCUUAUGCCCAUUCAAGUUGCGAAAAGGCAGCAGGAAGGUGCCUUCACUUUGGAACAUUGGCAAUUCUGUGUGGACAUUACAACCAGUUCCCAAUGGUCAUGAAUAAUCAUAUUCUACCCAAAGAUUUUCCUGAAUUGAAGAAUGACACAUUUCUGCGUGCCACGCGUGGUGAGGAGAUUGAGCAUGUCCCUGUCUGGUGCAUGAGGCAAGCUGGCCGUUACUUACCAGAGUUUAGGGAGUCUCGGGCUGGAAAAGACUUCUUUGAGACAUGCCGUUCACCUGAGGCUUGCUGUGAGCUCACACUGCAGCCUCUCAGACGUUUCCCAUUUGAUGCUGCCAUCAUUUUCUCUGACAUCCUAGUUAUUCCCCAGGCCCUGGGUAUGGAUGUUCAGAUGGUCCCAGGCAAAGGACCUACCUUCCCAGAUCCCCUGAAAGAGCCGGACGACCUCCAAACACUGAGGAGCAAGGUGGACGUGCCAGCGGAGCUCGGCUACGUCUUCAAGGCCAUCACACUCACGCGCCACCGCCUGGAGGGCAAGGUACCACUCAUCGGCUUCACUGGAGCUCCGUGGACCCUGAUGGCGUACAUGAUUGAGGGCGGAGGCUCCACCACCCACUCCAAAGCCAAGCGCUGGCUCUACCGCCACCCCGAGGCCAGCCAUCGGCUCCUCAAGCAGCUUACGGACGUCAUCGUGGAGUACCUGGUGGGACAGGUGGCUGCAGGGGCACAGGCGUUGCAGGUGUUUGAGUCCCAUGCGGGUUGCCUGGGGCCAGUGGAGUUUGGGGAGUUUGCCCUGCCGUAUCUCCGAGACAUCUCCAAGAGGGUGAAGGAGCACCUGCAGGACUCUGGCCUGGAGAAAGUGCCCAUGAUUGUGUUUGCGAAGGAUGGACAUUACGCCUUAGAGGAUCUAUCCGUGUCUCAUUACGAGGUUGUGGGUCUGGAUUGGACCAUUGACCCUCGAUCAGCACGGGUGAGGACUGACGGUAAAGUGAGUCUCCAAGGCAACAUGGACCCCUGCGCCCUCUACGCCUCCAAGGAGCGCAUAGCGGAGAUCGUGAGGAAGAUGCUGGAAGGGUUCGGCACGCGAGGCUAUAUCGCCAACCUGGGCCACGGACUCUACCCUGACAUGGACCCGGAGAGCGUGGGCGCCUUCGUGGACGCUGUCCACAGCCACUCCCGCCAGCUCCUCAAACUCAAGUGAACGCCUGCCUACAGUCCAACCAAUACCCUUCACAGUCAGUCAGUCACAAGGUCAAUGAGUUCACACGACAGCUCCAUACCAGGCUAUAUAGUGUAGAGAUACCCAAGGCUAGCAUGCUAAAUGCUAGUCUAGCUUGACAGCCAUAAUAUGUAAUCAGCAUUUUGUGCCAUGGCUGUGAGCCGAGAAGAGGAGGAUAAGAACUGUUUAACAGGAGGUCGGAAAUGCAUUGUUUUUCAAUGGUUCAUUGUUUGACUAUGACUUUUGUUUGACUAUUAACUAUGAAUAUGUUACGGCACUAAGAUAUGUGAUCAUGUGUGUUUGUGUGUAUAUAAUGCUGGAUGAUUUCUAAUUGCAAAUAAAGAGCUGUUAUUUUA